GGUAGAUCAAGUUCUUCCGAGUACACAUGGACACCAGCAUUCGGAGCAAGCUGAAUCAAAGUGAAAAGUGCCUGUGACCACGACUACUAUACUCUCGUCGUUAUCGAAGCCCUCGCUUCCGACCGCCCACGCACGCGUUCCUGUUACAGGAAGGCCAGCUUCAACUUCUCUUCGAUUUUCCAAAACAGUUGUGUCAACAUCCCGUUCAAAAUGUCGCUUAGUCAAAUAUCCUCGAACAUCCUUCACCAUGUAUGCUCGACAGUGAAUAUUGCAAAUGCGUGGAAGUCACCAUCGUCGAAAGUAACCGGCACUGUCUUCUUCACUGCCGCCCAGGUCCUGGCGUUCUACCUAUUUGCAACAGUGGACAAUUUCAGUUUUCCGAUAACUACGCACUACCUUUCCCUACGCGGGCGCUUCACCGUACGCAACCCGGACACCGUGUCCAGCUUCGUCGAACGCAACCAUAACAUCAUGGUCCUUGAGCAAAUACUUUUCAACUCGUUACUUCGGACGGAGCUGGCAGUUGACGAUAGAAUUCGAGGAGAUCGAGAUCGACCUCGAGGUCAUACUAUGUACCACGACCUAGUAGACCUAGUCCCAUGCCCCUGCUUCGGCUACCCCCGUCUGGGGAUACUCCCAUGCUAUCCACUCCUGAUCAGGUUGAUCAAACCCACGCUCCGGUUCGGUUAUCGACUAUACAGAUACAUCGAAGGUAUUAUCCUCAAUAAUCAUGACAUGAAUAGGCACAUGGCGGGACUUUACGAACCCAUAUUAUUAAACCUCGGCCCCAUCAUAGGCAUGGGGUUUGGCGAAGGGCCACGGCAUGGUGCGACGAUGGCAUGGUUCUGGCCACACACCUUGAUGUGGCUUCGGGACGCUGACGACGAGAGGCUGUUUAUCGAUCUCAGAGGUUUUGUGCCUCCUAUAAAUUCCUUGGAAGUGAUAACUCGUGAAGGGCUGAUGCGAAUGGCGGAACGAAAUAACUAAUCAUCGGUGGGUUUUGUCAUUGAAAGAUUCCCGACAUCAAAGCACAUAUACACAGUACACUCCGGAUCAAGCGAUGCUGUCUACCUCUCAGGGUAAUGGGGGCCUUCCUACUUGUAUCGAGCAAGGACGGUUGACGAGUGGCUCUGUCUCAUUUGUCGUGGCCGUCGAACUUCCUCCCCUGUCCCAACCCCACAGAUGUCUCUGGUGUCGUCUUCAGAAUUUCGCUAACCAAUACAUCAGCAUGAACAUUGAAGUACCCGAUAUGGAUGCUUUCAACCAUGGAGCGUGUUGGGGGUAUGGCAUCCGGGUAAACGGGCAGGAUCACCGUUGG